CAUCUCGAUGUCUGGUCCGAGGUUGAAGAAGUAGUCGAUAGUAGGAAACUCGUGGAGAGGGUACGGUGCCCAGGUCUCCUCACUUUCAAGAGCCCCACCCGCUGCCGACACAAAUGUGGGGCACAAUUCAACUCUGUGCCACCGCUCCGAGACACCCGGCUGGUCCUAAACACCCAAACACCACAGACCUCAGGGUAUUCAAGAUGGCGCCAUGGGCGCGUAUCCUCUGGGCAUACUGGCUGAUGAUUGAAGAUAAACUCGUCGACCAACUUCUCCGAAGUCCCACUUUCCAUCAAGGAGUCCGCCGAGUCCACCGCACCGUUCAAGAUAUUCGAUAUGGGCGGAACCCGCACGAGCCGCUGCGACAGGGCGAGGCAACAGCCGAGCCUAAUAAAGGACAGGGUUUUCUGAAGUACUUCAUCGAAGAACUCCGGAAUCAGGCGCGCGGGAAACCAACCGAGCCUCCCCCG